AUGGCGGCAAGGCCCGUUCUUUCAUUCUUAUUGGCUGUGCUGGCAUGCACUGGGCCGGCUCAGCCCUCCCCCCCACUGCUGCUCCGUCCUCGGGAGAGAGAGAGGGACUCGGGAGGGGCUUCGGGCGGAGUCAACAUUGCUGUGGUCCACUCCGGCUCCUCCCACCUCCCGGAAACGAGCGCUGGGGUGGGGGGUGUGGUGGGUGAGAGCGUUAUGACACCAUGGGGGCCAGCUAAUGUCAUCUGGCUGGCUGUGAACGAGAGCAGUCCAGGGAGCCUGUUGCUACAGUUGUGUGAGUUGUUGGCAACCACUCCACUGCAAGGCCUUGUGUUUGAAGAAGAGAAGCCACCUCCGCCCAACCGUGCACCAUUAGCACCGAUGCUGGAGUUUGUCUCGGCCCAAACAGGAGUGCCUGUCAUUGCAGUGGGGGGAGGGGCCGGCUUGGGGAGGGAGCCACAGGAGAGUGGCUCCGUCUACUUGCAGUUCUCCUGUGCUACUGCCUUGCAACUGGAGGUCAUUUUUGAAGUUCUGGAGGAGUUUGAUUGGACUGCAUUCUCUGUGGUUACCACACGCCACCAUGGCUACGAGGACUUCAUGGCUAUGGUUGAGGGCAUGAUAGAUGGCUCCUUCAUCGGUUGGGAGAGAAAGAGCGUGGUGAUGCUCAACCUGACCGAUGACCCAGGAGGUGUUCGUACCCGCAGGCUACUGAAGGAGAAUGAAGCACAGGUGCGACUCCUAUAUUGCUCGCAAGAAGAGGCGGAGCACAUUUUUAAAGCAGCAUGGGCAUCAGGGCAGGCCACACCUUCACACAUGUGGUUUGCAGUGGGCCCCGCUCUAUUAGGACUUGGUCUAGAGGGUCUGCCCAAGGCCGUGUUUGCAGUACGACCCCAGGGAUGGAGAGACGAGCCACGUCGAAGAAUUGCAAAGGGUGUGUCGGUACUGACGCAUGGAGCCAUGGCUUUACGCAGGGAGUAUGGUGGGGCUCGCGGUACAAGCUUCGCCGGGAACUGCAUGAUGGAUGGAAACCAAACUCAGAGGGUGCCAGACAGGAUCAGGUUCUUCAGUAAUAUAACUCUAUCUGGACGGGACUAUUCCUUUAAUAAUGACGGUUAUCUGGCAAAUCCACUCCUGGAUGUUAUCUCCUAUACUGCAGGAAGAGGCUGGGAGGAGGUAGGUUGGUGGGAAAACGGAGUGCUGCGUCUGCGUUACCCACCCUGGUCACGAUAUGGCCCUUUCCUCAAGCCUUUGGACGAUUCCCAGCACUUGCGUGUGGUCACGCUGGAGGAGAGGCCAUUUGUCAUCGUAGAGCCUGCUGAACCUGGAACAGGCUCCUGCAUCAGAGACUCCGUGCCGUGUCGUCUCCCACUCAACAACAGCAUGGUUGUUGAGGGCAUUCUAUCCAUGAAGCAUUGCUGCAAAGGCUUCUGUAUUGAUGUUCUCAAGCGGCUGGCUAAAAUAGUGGGCUUCACCUAUGACCUCUAUCUGGUGACCAAUGGCAGGCAUGGAAAGAACAUAAAUGGAGAGUGGAACGGGAUGGUCGGAGAGGUAGUAUCCAAGCGUGCUGACAUGGCGAUCGGCUCCCUGACUAUCAAUGAAGAAAGGUCAGAGGUUGUGGAGUUCUCUGUUCCGUUUGUGGAGACUGGCAUCAGUGUCAUGGUCUCUCGUAGCAAUGGCACUGUGUCACCAUCUGCUUUCCUUGAACCGUACAGUCCAGCCGUGUGGGUGAUGAUGUUCGUCAUGUGCCUGACGGUUGUGGCGGUGACUGUCUUCAUAUUCGAGUUCUUCAGCCCUGUUGGAUAUAACCGAAGCUUACAAAGCGGCAAGAAGGCAGGAGGUUCAAAGUUCACCAUAGGGAAGUCUGUUUGGCUGCUGUGGGCUCUGGUGUUUAAUAACUCGGUUCCAGUGGAGAACCCAAGAGGCACCACCAGUAAGAUUAUGGUGCUGGUCUGGGCUUUCUUUGCUGUCAUCUUCCUGGCCAGCUACACUGCUAAUCUGGCUGCCUUCAUGAUCCAAGAAGAGUACAUCGACACUGUCUCUGGCCUCAGUGAUAAGAAGUUCCAGCAGCCCACAGAGCAGUAUCCUCCUUUACACUUCGGCACUGUCCCGAAUGGGAGUACAGAGGAAAACAUACGAAGCAACUACCCCAACAUGCAUCAGUUCAUGGUGCGGAACAAUCAGAGAGGUGUAGAAGAGGCCAUUGACAACCUUAAGACUGGCAAACUGGAUGCAUUUAUAUAUGAUGCGGCUGUCUUGAACUACAUGGCUCGUAAGGAUGAGGGCUGCAAAGUGAUGACCAUAGGCUCCGGCAAAGUGUUCGCCACAACAGGAUAUGGCAUUGCUUUACACAAGAACUCGCGCUUGAAGCGGCCACUAGAUCUUGCCCUACUACAGUUAGUUGGAGACGAUGAGAUCGACAUGCUUGAACGACUCUGGCUCUCUGGCAUCUGCCAUAAUGAUAAGAUCGAGGUGAUGAGUUCCAAGCUGGACAUAGACAACAUGGCGGGAGUAUUUUAUAUGCUUCUUGUGGCCAUGGGCCUAAGUCUGCUGGUGUUUGCAUGGGAGCAUCUUGUCUACUGGAAGCUCCGCCACUGUUUGGGCCGUUCUGGAGGACUGGACUUCCUACUGGCUUUCAGUCGUGGAAUGUACAGCUGCUGCAAUUUCGAGGAUGAAACAGCUCCAGGAGGUUCCCAAAGCACACUUCCUCAAUACCAUCAUGUCUCCACAGUUCCUCCUCCUCCCCCACCUCAUGUGAUCUCUACAGUUGUGGCCAAUCCCCCCAUCACUAUGGCACAACAACAACAGCAGCAACAACAAAAACAACACCACCAGCAGCUGCCAGUUUACAAUGCCUUUCUUCCUGGCUCACCUCCGUCAGAUGGACAUUCUGGCAUGGCUCUAGGGCCAUCGAACAGUCCCAUUCUUGGAGCACCUAUGCCAUGCUCUACAUUCCUACCACGCCAUGAUCGCAGAUUAGCAGUGGUUGAUCGGUGGACACGUCCAAAGGUGGGGCCUGAAAAGCCCAGUGGUGUGAGCAGUGGAAUUACAGACUUGUCACAAUUACAGGGAAUUGGGGCACACUGGGCCACAGGAGUAAGUGGAGGAGAGGGGGGUCUGGAUGAAUACAAAAGAUACUAUGGCCCAAUUGAUCCAGAGGGCCUAGGUGUCUCUGCAGAGCAACAAAAUGUAGGCGCCCUAACUCCAAAAACUAAGCAUCGUGGGACAAAAUCCUCUGGAAACCCAAGGUUACUUCCAAAAAGUCAGGGCUCUGGACACUUAUCCAUUAACCCUGCAUUGCCACAUCCCUCUUCACCUCAGCAAUCCUUCUGGAGGAGAAGCAGCCUCUCAAAAAGGAAGGGCUUAGGGGGCCCACUGUAUGAAAACAUUCUUCCCCUCGGUAGGAGAGGUGGUGGCAGGUAUGGAGUGAGGGAUGGAGGUGGCAGAAGAGGAUGCCGUCCUCCUCCCCUUCCUCUACCUGUACCUGUGCCCAUCUCUUCCCCGACCCAAACUCCCCCCUCACCUUCUCCAUCCAUAUGCUACACAACCACUUCCUCCAGAAGCUCCAGCACCUCUAGUUCAUCCUCUUCUUCAGAAUCAAUCUCCCUAUCCAAUUCUCCGACCUCCUCAUCAUCUUACACAUCAUUACAAAGCUUCAGGUACUGGGCAGAUGUAAGAGACAUAUAUGAGGACUAUGACACAGAUGAGCUUACAGAGGAGUCCAGCUUGCUUUUGGAUAGGAGAAAAAGUCGUUCAUGCAUGUCCUCUCGAUCCUUGCCCAGUAGUCCUCCUCCACCACCUAUACCACCACGCAAACCUUGUGCACAGAGGGCGCAGAUGAGAGACAGAGCAGGCAGUCAGCUUGCACAACUUCAAGAGUGGUGGGCAUCUUGGGGAGAGAAAGAAAAAGACAGAAGAGCAGUUGGCAACAGAGAUGAUAAAGAGGAGAAACAACAUCACAAAGGGAGAGAAAGAGAGAGAAAGAGGAGGAAGAAGGGUAGAAAGAAAAAGAAGCGAGAACAGCGUGAAAGGGAAAGGGAGCGUAAAGGACGUAAAGUCAAAAAGAAAAAGAAAAAAGAGGAGAAAUCCAGGAGAAGGGAGAGGGAAAAGAGGUCUGAACAAGAGGAAGGUAAUACUGAUAGGAAAGAUGUUUUUGAAAAAGGAAUAGGACAGGAAUACUCUUCUUAUCCUGCACUGAGGCGGAGCUCUUUCCGAAAGAAAAGUGAAAGCUCUACAAGGAGUUAUGAGUGGGAUAUUCCCAUAAAAGGAGUAAAGAGAGAAAGGGAUGAUCAAGUAGGCGAUGAUGAAGAGAGAAGUAGAGGAAAGGAAAGGCAUCACAGAAGCCCUAAGUCACAUCACCACUCCAGACCAAGGUUUAACAAUAAGCAUUAUUCCACCUCAUACAAGCCUUCUUCAACUGUCAAAUUUUGGGGUAGUGGGAACCCAACUUCAGAAUCUCCAUCGUCUUUUGUACCCCUGCUUCCACUGUCCUCCAAAAGACAAAAGUCUGUAGGAGCCGAGAGAGAUGAGCGAGGAAGAGGUGGAGAGAGUCGCCCCCUUUUGGGAAAGAAUGGAAGAGGUAAGGCCCGCUCGAGAGAAGGCCUGUCUUUUAAUGAAUGGGAUUCUGAGGAGGAAGAGGAUGUAGAGUCAGAUGUGGAAAGAAGUAGACCAGAAGAACAGGGGAGACUGAGAGAAAGCAGAGAAGAGGACUCAGAGUCAGAAAGGGAAAGAGAAAAAACGGUUGAGAUAUACACAGAUGAUGAAGGUUCCUCAGGAGAGUUUGGUAAGUUUGAGAGAUAUUGGGAGGGCCACGAAGGAAGGGCGGUUGGAGGCAUUGGGGGAGGAGGAUGGUUUUUUGACACCUACCCUUCCAGAGAAAGAGCAGGCAGCAUAAACAGUAGAGAUGAAUCAUUUUUGGGAUGGGGUGGUGGAGAAAGCAGCUUGGGGUUCAGAGCAGUUACAGGAUGGGGAUCAGGGGGGUUUGGAUCAAACCAGUGGCCUCCAACUCCAUUGACUCCCCCACCCCCGCGAAGAUAUUGGUCUGUAGACAAAUUACCACUGAAGACUGAAAAGAGGUCUAAAAGCAGGUCCCAAGAAAAGAGUCGAGGCCACACAUCCUGUUCCUGCCAGUCACCCCAUCACUUCACCAGCACUGACUCCAAAUGGAAUCGAGUGACUUCUCAGAGUCAGGAGGAGCUACACCCCCAUUGCCACAGUUUUAGCAGCAGUGUAAGACCCAAGUGGCAAUCAUCAAAACCGGACCGGGCUCAGAGCCAGGCUAAAUCUGGAAGCCAAUCCAACCUCAAUGUACAAAGAUUACAGCGCUCAGACCGAUCCCGGCAACAGUCCUCCCCACCUCAGAGUCUACCACCAUCUUUACCCCCUCCAAUGGUCCCUGCACUCCCAGCACCACCAUCUUCCUCUCAUCAUAUACAUGUUCCUCCACCUACCUCCUCCUCCUCAUUUUCCUCCCCUUCAGUUGUUUCAUGUACACCUGGUGCCCCACAGCCCUCCUCUUUGUCCUCCUCUAGUGCAAAACUCCAAUACCAGAAACUUUGUUCGGGACCCCAACCCCAAAGGUAUCAAUCCCCACACGUUCCCCUCAAAACCAAGAGCCUGUGCUCGCGUCGAGGUUCUGCCCACUUUUCCAGUGUUGAAAGUGAGGUCUAAGAGACAUAAUUAAAUGAGGAACAUCAGCAGGUAGCCUUCAUGGGCAAUCAAGUCACCUACUCAUGCCAACUGUUCAUGACGGACGGGUUAGGUUGCUUUAGCUGGCACCCUCUUUCUCUUGCACAAACCUAUUAUACUUCUAAGAAAAAAAAUUGGAUUGGGAUGUCACAUAAACUGGAGCCCUCUCUCUUACUUGUGUAAGAAUGGUACUGCCAUGCUGACAAAUCUUGUUGAUGUUAGCGAGGCUGUUCAUAUGGGAUUAACUUUGCUUCUCUUACUUCUUGGGGACUUUUAGGUGGAGCAUCGAAGUUAUGGGUAAAUGUGAUUUUCUUGGGAGUGUUUUGCUCCUGGAUGGCUCAGGAAUGUUUUUCAAGGCAAGAUUCAGAGGUCAAAAUACAAAGCCCUAACACCCCACCAGUGUAAUUGUUGUGUAUAUUUAUUGAAUAUAUCUCAAGGGAAGUGUUCACAAAGGAAAGUAGCAAUCCAUUUUUUUCUUCUUCGAGCAUAUACAGUACCUUGACCUCCACCUUCUUUCACAAACUGGCAUCUAGCAUUCUGUGUGUUGUUGUCAGUGUUUGUAAUCCUAGCAACAGGGUAAGUUAGCCAUGACUGAUCACAUAUUAGCUUACUGAAGAUGAAUGCCAAACUUAAGUGGAGCUGAUGUACAGUCCUGUUACACUGAAGUCAUUUCACAGGUCAUCAUGUUUCAUUCUCCUCCCUUGAGCAAUACAUAAUUAACUACAAACAACAUUCAAUACAUAUAUUUUAUAUUUAAAAAUUAUUUUAUUAUAUAUGAUAUAAAUGUUUUGUGAUCUGGUUUGAAACAGUUGUGUUGAGUUAUUAAAAAUAAUAUAAGCACUUUGCUGUAUUACAGUAGGGCACAUGCAAUGUUUCAACUACCUAUUAUCGGUGGCAGCCCUUCCCAUCUCAACUGAAUGUACAUGUUGCCAUGACAACACAGUGUGCUGCAACCAAGAAGACACUUUUAAGAUCGUAGCUUUCUCGGGGGAGGCCUUCUUGUCAGAGCCAGUUAUGGUAGCAUUAAUGCUGAUGUUUGGAGUGUAAGGAUGACAGGGCUAGCCAUACUGCAGCACUGUACUCGCUAACUGAGAUGUCAGUGAUUGACAUGUCAUUAUUCGGAGAGCGAUAAGUGAAAGAGAGCACUGUUUACAGUUUAACACUGUGUUUUUACACCUUUUUUUACAAGCUGCUCUGUUCUGCCAUUUAUUAGCUUCUAACAUUGUAUUUAUACUUGCUUAGCAAGUUUGCUUAAGAUGUACAAGUAGCAGCAAGGAAAACCUGGGUAAAUGAGAGGAAAUUAGAUUUACAAAUUUAUGUUUUCACUAGACAUAUCUGUUAAGUAAAAAAGCCGGAUCAAGUUUUCGCUCAACUGUGAGAAAGACUGAUUAUUAAAACAGUCAUGUAGAUCUUUUGUUUUAUUUCGCUUUUACCAUUAGGCAAGCUAGCAUCUUUGAAGUGAUUGCUAUAAUUGACUGUGA